GAUGCUCAACUGCACCAACCGCACCAUCUGCAACCUGGCGGCGCAGUGGAAAGCGUACAGCCUGGCCUUCGAGAUGCUGGUGUGCGCCUGCGGUGUCUUGGGAAGCAUCGUCUGCUUGUGGUGCCUGAAGACCUGUGACAAGACGCAAGCGGGGACGAAGAUCCAGCUGUGCUUGCUCUUCGCAACCAACGCCUUCCUGUGCUCCCUCGCCCUGCCGGGGACUGCCGUGCUUGAGCUCCUUUUCCUGCAGGACAGGCGGCCCGAACCGGCGACCGAGGUGGCUUUCGUGGCCCUAUACUACAUGGCUGCGUGCAUCGACCAGAUGGCACUGGCGGUGAUCGCCGUGUACAGACUGACAGCCGUGUGGUUCCCGCUGAAGUACAAGCUGUGGUCCAGGUCGACUGUGGUUGUGGCGGUCGAAGUCGCUGUCAUUCUGCCUGCUAUGCUGACGCUGACGUUGGCCAUCCUGUUCUUGGAUUACGAAAUAGUAGAUACCAACAGCAGCACCGUUGCAAAAGUACUGUAUGGCGUGCUAUACUUGGUGCCAAUAACCAUCAUAAUGACUGCCUACUGCAUCAUGGUUUCCAUCAUGGGCUUCCGACGGUGCGCGAGGCAGGGCGACGCGGCGCGGCACCCCGGCUGGGACCAGAUCAGCCUCUCGCUGUGCGUCGUGAUCCUGAUGAACCUUCUCCUGGACGUCCCCCACGUCGCCAUGCACCUCAUGGACGUCAGUUGGACGGACCCUUCCUUCGUGAUCGUCCAUGCAAUCUACCGCCUCCACUUCGCCCUGGACCCCGUCAUCUUCGUGGGUCUGAACCAGCGGUUCCGCCAGAGGGCGCUGCAGGGGGUCUUCUCGCUGGUGCCCGGCCGUCGCACUCCGUCCUCCGUGGCAAUCUAGCGGCCACUCGAGAGGAUUCGCGGCCGUGACAGCUUCUGCGUCCUGAACUUUUUGUGCCUGAACCGACGCAAGUGUGGAAACGAAAGCGUUGUGUUGAUUCAUGCUGAAUAAAGAUAAGUUGAGAAAAAGAAAAUACGGGAAUAUGCCUGAGGUCGCUUCGCUGUGUUGCUUCUUCUUGCCUGAAGAAGCAGUGCAGCGAAAAUGCCUUCAGAAUAUUCAUGGAUUUUCAUGUUCUUCCCUUCGUUGUUUUUAUUAAAUAUUGCAUUGCUGAUGAUGGUGAGAACAAUGCUCAGCCAAGAAGAGAAGAAAAUGUCUACUUAUGUUUUUCGUGUUUUGUGUUUGACCAUGUAUUCUGUGCUGAUCAUAAUUUCUAACCGCGUCUCACAAGAAAACAUAUUGAGUUCAGUCGGGUCUCUAAGGAAAGCUGUUGGGUUUAUUUGUAGUUACAUGGGUUUAUUUUGUUGUUCAUCUCGUUUGCUCUUUCAUAUUUAUCUCAGUACAUCUGUGCCUACGGGGAGUGUUAUUGUGAAAAAUGUUUUUUUUAAGAUUACUACACUAUUUUCAAAAUGCAGAUAAAAGUUGUAGAAAUGACAAACAGCAGUCUAAAUUGUUCUUCAGUAAGAAUUUUGUCAAAGAGAUUGAAUAUAAUUCAUUCUUAUUCGCUUUUUUUCUGCACAUCAAUUCCCAGAUUCAGAUUUUUUUUUUUUUUUUUUUUUUGUUAG